GUUUUUCUUUUUAUCCAGAGGAAAAGAAAACAAAGCUAAUCUUUGUACAUUGCGUAAGAUUAUUAAAAUAAUUACUUUUUAAAAUCAGAAGUACGGUCGAUAUUUUCAAAAAAAAUUCAUUGUUUUCUACCUCCACUUCUAGCGAUAAUAAUGGAUUCUGACAAAAAGUGGCAAUCAACAUUGGAAGAGCAAAAAAGAGAAAGAUUAAGGAUGAUAAAAGAAAAAUGGCGUUUUGAACAAGAAUUGGAAAAAAAACACAACAAACGAAAGUUAAGAAUGAUUGAAGAAUACGAAAGAAAUCGAGCAAAAGCAUUGAAAAAUUGUAAUCAAAAGCCUGGACUACAACACAGAAGCAAUACUUCACAACAAAGUGGAACUAGAUCCCCUGACUAUGAGCAUUCUAAAGAAUGGAAAUCAAUAGUAAUUGACAAUGGUCCAGAAAGCAUAAUUAACAAGGAAGAACUAUAUAAAAUCAAGAAAACUAUUAAAGGGAGCAAUCUGUUAAUGAAAGAUACAAGUACAUCAAAAAAGAUUGAACGAGAUAUUAUAAGUGCGAAUGAUAUAAUUCUUCCUCGAAGACAAAAUGAAGGUUGUUAUCCAAUAUUUAAAGGGAACAAAAUAAAAAUAGCUGAAGAGACAUGGACAAUUACGAGACAUUCACAACAUGAAUUUGUUUCAGAGAAGCAGAUGUCAAAUAAGAAAAGUGAUUCUAGAAGAAGUCCUGAUAAUAAACCUCGGUACUAUCGUUCAUACAACUCGACUACACAUCGAACAGAUGAUGAUGAUAAAUACAUUUGCAACAGAAGAAGUAGGUCAAUAAAAGACAGCAAAGAAGAGGGUAGAAAUAGAAACGAAAGAAGUCAUAGAAGUUUGUCACGUUACAGUAGCCACAGUACACCUGAGAGAUAUCAAUCAAGAUCUCGUUAUAGAAGAUGUUAUUCGCCAACCAAAGAAGCUAAAGGAAAGAGAAUAGAAGACAAAAGAAAAUUUUCAUCUGGAAGAAAUUGUGAUCGACCACGCGAAGAGAAUAACGCAUCUUUAAGAUUAUCCACGAAUUAUUCUUUCUCUAAUAACUUCCACAACCUCUAUUCUAUGCGUUUACCUGGACCGAUACAUGUACCAAUACCGAUGCCAAUACCGAUGCCGAUGACGAUGGCGAUGUCCAGAGGACAGGCACCACCUGUACUUAUGCCUAUGUAUCCAGGAUUGUUCUCUCCGCUAUUUCCGCCAAUGAAUAUGUAUCGAUGCAGAAAACCUCCUCUUAGAUUGCAAAGAAACUGAACAGUGUACUGAAUAGCGUAAGCAAAAUCAGAAAAAUACACUUAGUUUUAAUAACAUUUUUAAUACAAUUGUAGAUAAUUGUCCAUUAUAACAAUUAUACUUAUCCAAAUUUUAGUUGUAAUUACGAUAAACAUUUGAUAAUUAUUAAUUGCAACAAUUAUGUUUUAUUCAAAAUCUUAGAUGUAACUACAUUUUGUUAAUUGUAAUAAUUAUAUACUUUAUACAAA